UUCUUUUCUUUUUACUUUCUCUAAUGUCAAACAGAGCAUAAAGCCGUAACUCCAUUUCCAGAGCUCGAAAAACCUCCAUGACUUCAUCCAUUGCUAUCCUGCACCCUCUCUCUCCGUCUACUUCUUUUCCUCUCUCCUCCAGAAACCUCAAAUUCCUCUCCAAACUACCCCUCAGAAUCACCAAAUACGCCUUUCCUACCCUCGUAUACUCGACUCCAAAGUCGGCCCCGUCGACCGAGCAGGACAUACUCCGAGCCGUCUUGGACUCCAACGGCAGGUCACUCCCAGCCGUGAGGACGUACGAGAACGAUCUGGCUCGGCUCACGGUGGUCGGAGCCGUUAACUUCAAGCAGGCGCUCACCGCGGCAGCCGCCGACGGCGGCCAGGUCGCCGACGAGUAUGUGAAGUCCGGCACGCCCGCGAUGGUUGUGGAGACCGUGAUUCCCAGCCCACCAGACGAGCGCAGCACCGUCUCGACUAGACUGUUUUUGCCAGCUAGAAAAGUGAAAGAGAAAUCCAAAAGGCUGAAAAGUUCACUCCCUAAGGAUAUCCCUUCCAGCACUGAAUCUAGCAAUAUACUCGCCAUGACCUUUAGACAAGUGGUUCUGGAACAGCUUUGGAAUUUUGAACUGUUAUUGUUUACUCCUGGAACAGAGCGAAAUAUGGAAGAGCUUGAAAAUCCUAGAGAGGUCCCUGCAUCAUUCACCGUCAGGUCAUCGGAUAAGCGGAUAAUUUCUCUGCUCGGGGAAGUUGUUUGCCUUGCUGCUCUUGAAAGUACUGAAAGGCAUUUUCUUUCUAAGUCAAUGAGCAGAGCACCAACUAACUUGUUCCGCUGGUUUCGAAAGUCUGAAAGGGUUUCGUCAAUGGAUUCGUCGGUUACAAUUUUUAGGUUACUUGAAGAUGAGAUUAUUUCAGUUGCCAAAAGUUUGCUUGAAAAUAUAAACUCAGGAAAGGCCAGUUAUAAGCCUUCUCAAACAAAGUCAGAGUACUCUUGGUGGACAUUAUCGAUGGGUUCUAAAUUGGAAAAGAUUGGUGGUCCUGAGUUUGGUACAUGGGUUAGCGAGUACGUUCCUGCUUAUCUGUUUCAAAUUGAUUCUGAUAGACUCCCCGAUCUAAAGCUUGAAGGAUGGAAAAGAUCUGCUGAGAAUAGGUGGGAAGUCCUUUUGACACACAACCAAAUGGUUGCAUUGGCUAACAUUCUGGAUAUGUACUAUGAGGACUCAUACACACUUCCUAGAAAACAGCUAUCUUGUGGUGCAGUUGCAAAACCAAUCAACUUGUUCACUAAUAAGAGAACCUCUUCGCUGCUGAAAGUGUUCUCCAUUGCUCUUGCAAGUGGAUUUUUUCUUGUUGCCAUCGGUAUUUUUGGUCAACUUUGUAUGCCUUAUCUGCAUGGUGGAAGAAAAUACCUCGGAGGAAAUCAUUCGGUUCAAUCAUCUGAGAUUGACUUUAUGCAGCAUCAAGCUAUUGACUCUACUGAGUUGGACGACUUUUGCUUUUCAAUUGUCGAAAGAAUCAAGGACGCCUUUGGUUGGGCUGGGGAUAUAAUGACAGAGAAGAGUGUAGGUGCCUGGAUUGGAGAACUCCCAGUAUUCUUGAGAAGUGACGCUGAUUCCAAUUCUGGAAAGACUCCCUCUUGCUCUAUUCCAAUAAAGGAAAAUGGUGAGGAAUUGAAAAGUUCUGCCCAGGAUAUUGCUAGCUAUCAGGUAGUUUUAUCGGCUGAAGGAAAGAUCAUUGGGUUUCAACCUACAAGUCGGGUCGCCGUUAAUAAUUGGGCAUCCAAUCCCUUAGCCAAAGAGCUCUAUGGUGGGAGAAAACUCUCCGCUGGUUUUAUUGAACCUAGUGUUAAGAUAAGCUGUCCAAGUAAUGUUGCUGUAUUAGAGUUGUUGAUGUCUUUAAAUCCCGACUCGAGGUUUGCAUUUGCCAGGCCGUCAAUUGAUCGAUGACCGAAGAUGGUGAGCUUAAAAAAUUCAGUCAGCUAGUGGGUAGUAACAGUGUAAGCUUUACACCCUAAUAACAUAUUUCAAGUGCUUGUUACUUCUUAUUUUAAAAUGAAGUCAAUGUAUUCCUUUGAGUUCUAUUUGUUCGUCAGUUGAUUGUUUGUGCUUUUUCUUUUGAUGAACAGCUUUUGGUUAAAAUAUGAACGUACUAGGGGCAUGUUUCAGCUGUACUGAAACUGGAGUUCAGUAAAUUAGCUGUGUUGCGAACCAAAGCAAUUUGAUUCUCUCAUAUUACUGGGCCGGGUUGUUGGGAAUGGAUAAUGGGAGUGAUGGAAACUACAAAGAGAACGAGAGUCGCACAGGCCAUUGGAUAAAGAACAAAACCAAUUAGGGUUGGAGUGGAUAGGAGUAAGAGUUGGAGUGAGGGCUAUGUAGAAGCAACAAGAACGAGAAGAGAGAAAUGUUGUCUCAGUUGUAUCGCAGUGGAUCAAUGUAUUGUUUUCAAACAGAGAUGAAUUCAAUUUGCACUCUCGACGUGUAAAGGGUGAACAUUACUUACCACUUUAAUCGAUCACCUCACUGGAGGCCACUACUCCUUUGAUUUUAUUGAACUCA